AUUCAAUUAUCCGACGUACACGGAAUGAGAGUUGUCAUGGUUCUACUAUUACAAGCUCGCAUCAUUAUACAAACUGGUCGUCACAUAUCACAUAGAUGACACUACAUGCAGCCAUACAACAAUUACCAUGCUCAAUGGCAUUCUGCAAAAUUUGAAUGCAACAGGCUGGAAGAACUUCACAUUUGGAUUAUCUUUUCUUAUUAUGGUUUUCUGAUGACGAUAUCUAAGUUCAGUGUUGGCUAAUUAAAUGACUGCCCUGCUUGACACAUAUUCAUUUUAAGGACUGUCGUCUCGUGUGGAAGUCUGACAGGAUAAUUACAAUAUAAAUGGAACCUGCAUAUGUAGCUUCAUAUCAGAGUAAACAGUCAUGAGCUGCUGUGGUGGUCAAAACCGUGUUCGACCCUUUAACGAUGGACCGGUCCAAGUCGAGGAUGACUUCAACGGACCGCUGUCGGAGAGGAGUUGCCGUGAUAUCCCAUGUCUCAUUAUCUUCCUCGCAUUCCUCGGUGGCAUGGGAUACGUCACCUACCUCGCUCUUCGGGACGGGAAUCCCGACAGGUUGAUUUACGGAGAUGACAGCUAUGGCAACAUCUGCGGCAAGAAGAACAAUCCAAUCGAGAACGUUUCACUCUCUGGGAGAGACAUGACCGAUAAACCCUACGUAUUUUUCUUCGACGAUGUCGCCAUGUCGAAACUCAAACCCACUUCCAAGCGUCUCUGCGUGUCCCGGUGCAACAACGAAACGGUGUUUACCCGCGGGGGUCUGCGAGACCUGGCCGUCAACAAUAUCACCAGGCUAUGCACGUACGAUGUCGACGUCGAUGAUUACGUACACGCAACGCAGGGAGGGAUGGGCGAGUGUCCACAAACACCCAUCGCUGCAAGGAAGCCCAUCCUAUUUCGAUGUGUUCGAGCUGACGUCAUCGGCGUUGCAUCAUCAUUGCUGCAGAAUGACAUCUUUCAGAGUGCCCUAGCGGACAUCGAAAAGUCUUGGAGAGAGAUUGUGUACCUCUGCCUCAUCGCAUUUGGUCUUUCCAUCACCGUGGUCAUCGCCCUUCGCUUCCUGGCCGCCUACAUCAUAUGGUCGAUGGUGUUCGGGUUCAUCCUCGGGAGCAUGGGAGGAUCGGGCUUCCUCUGGUACAUGUGGUACAUAGCUAGAGCAGCACUUCGAGAAACGCCAGCAGAAUUGCAACUUGCACAGGACAAAAGCAACUUGAAGACCACGUUGAUAUAUGCAAGCGUUGCAACCACGGUUACAGCCAUCUUAUUAUUGAUUCUCCUCGUCAUGUUUAAACGGAUUGCUCUGGUGGUGACUCUGUUCAAGGAAGCUGGAAAGGCGAUUGGUGCUAUGCCAUUUUUACUCACACAACCUCUCUGGACAAGUCUAUUUCUCUUAUCCUUCUGUGCUGCCUGGGUAUACAUCUAUCUCUACAUCGCUACUGCUGGUCACCCCAAAGCUACACCAGACGGUCUUGUGGAGUAUGUUAAAGAUUCAUUCUCAAAGUACAUGGGCUGGUACUACAUCUUCGGCCUACUGUGGGUGACCCAAUUCAUACUGGCCUGUCAGGAAUGCACCAUAGCUGGCGCUAUUGCAGAAUGGUUUUUCGCCCGAGACAAGAGCCUGCUCAGUACGCCCAUUUUGAAAUCGAUAUACAGGAUUAUCAGAUACCAUCUUGGCUCCCUUGCCUUCGGGUCUCUCCUCAUCGCCAUCAUCAUGUUCAUCCGUAUUGUCCUCGGUUACAUCCAAUCAAAACUCAAAGGAGCUAAGUCAGCACCGGCUCAGUACUGUCUGAAAUGCAUGCAGUGCAUCCUCUGGUUGUUCGAGAAAGUUCUAAGAUACAUCAACAGGAACGCAUACAUCGAAAUUGCUAUCUAUGGAUACAAUUUCUGCAAGGCGGCACAGAAGGCCUUUUCUGUGCUUGUUUCAAACGCUCUUCGCGUGGCCGCUAUCAACUCCGUGGGCGAUUUCCUUCUCCUUCUUGGCAAAUUCGCCGUCACGGCUUGCGUCGUCGUCAUAGGGCUCCAGCUUCUACAAGAUAGAGAGGAUCUCAACUGUUACGCCAUCCCCAUCGCAUUGGCCGGCGUCUGCGCGUUCUUUAUCAGUCACGUCUUUCUACUAGUUUAUGAGAUGGCGAUUGAUACGCUCUUCCUGUGUUUCUGUGAAGAUAGUGAACGCAAUGAUGGCGUCCAGAAACCUUACUUCAUGAGCAAGCAACUUAUGACUUUUGUGGAAAACGCCAAGAAAGCACAGGCCAUCAGUAAAGACGCCAAAGAUGCGGCCAAAGAAGCGCGGGUAUGAAGAAUACCCAAUUAAUAUCCCAAAUGCCAAAACACAGAACUUUAUAAUACCAAUCUCAUUUACAUUUUGAGCUGUCAUAAUUAAAUCAUAUCUUUUUGGUAGUUUCAACAUUCUGAGAUAUUUAUCGAGUUUAUAAAAGUAUUUGAAUAAACUGUACCACUGAAACUGAUUAAAGAAGUACCUGAAAAAUAUCAUGUUGUUUGUUGCAAACUUUUGUUUUUAUU